AGGGCCUCACAGCUCAUUUUGUGGCGAUGCGUCUCCAAGUGCUGACAGCUGCGUUCUUGCUGCUGAUUGUGAGCGUCUCCUGCAACAGUAGGAAGAAGAGAUACCUCAUUUUUCCCACGAACAGCUUCAUGACUCUCUCUGGUUGUUUAGCCAAAGGCGGAAUCAUCCUUUCGCCGCCCGCAUUUGUUUUCACUUUCGAUUUCGACAUUCUUUUCCAACUACCAAACACAACCCGCGUUUGGACCGACGUCGGGCCUUCGCCAUUCAAGGUGCUGCGGAAGGAAAAAAGAGACAUUUACAACGGUCUAGAAGACAUGCUCCAGAGGCAGGGCUUCAACGGACGAGCUUGCGUGUUGCGGGCCAUUUGCGAGGCGCGUCAGAUUUUGGGCGAAGGCGGCACUCUGAUGGAAGACGUCAUGCACGCCAUUUUCUCUCUGGAGGCAAAAGCAGGAGCAGGGUUUUCUGACGACGAAGAGAAUGAAGUGGACCAGGAAUUAAAAGAUUACGACGACGCCCACGUGCUGGGCAUCUCCAGGUUCGCCUGCCAUCAGCUUUAUUCUGAGUGCCCUUUUUCUCUACUGCAUUACGCCCUUUGGUAAAAAGAUUUGUGUGUGAUAAAAUAAAUAUUUCGAAAAAUUUA